GGACGACGACACCUGCUGUCACUCUCCAGACUUGACCAAGGCAAGACUGAGUGAAGCGUACCACCCACCAGAACCACCCACCCACCAGCACCACCCACCAGAACCAGCACCACCCACCAGAACCAUGCUCUGCUCCCAGCUCCAGCUCCUGCUCGUGUCCCUGUGCACCUCUUUACUCCUGGGUCGGACCGGCGCCGCGCCACAGAGGGACGUCCUGGAGCAGCUGCUCAGAAACAACGGCAACGGCAAGGACCCCGACCUCGGCGAGGAUGCAAACGAGAUGCUGCGUCUGAGGAUCCUGGCUGACCUGAUGGCCGAGGGGGACGACGAUAACCUCCUCCCGGACCGAGGGCCACAGGGUGCCCGCGACCAGGUGCCGCGGCAGCUCCCCAACGCCCAGCGGGAGCGCAAGGCAGGCUGCCGGAACUUCUACUGGAAGACCUUCACGUCCUGCUAGCCGAGGAGGCACAGCGCGGAGUGCUACGCAGCUCCCAGUUUAAGACGGGUUUGGGGUGGUGAGGGGGGAAGGGACAGAAUCAUUUGUUGGUAGAUUUAAGUUGAUUAAAUCUCACUGCUCCAUUCAUACUCAUACACUGAAUAUCACUGUCUGUCACUAUUUUCUCACAAGGUCACUUUUUAUGACUAUGCUACACAUGUACCUGAUAACAUUAGUAUCCCUAAAAGUGAGUCUGAACAAUUGCAAUGGUGAUAAAUGCACAAAUGAGAGGUAUGAAUGUCAGUGUAAAUGAAGCUCUCUAGCCCCUUGAAACAUGCCAGUUAUUUACUGGUACGUUUGGCCCUACUGACCCACAGUAGCUGAUGUGAUGGCGAAAAGAGCUUAAAGGGUGGAAAAGAUGACGGAGUUUGAAUGUAUUGCUUAGCUUUCGACCUAAGCACAAUGAAGUAUUGGGUUUGUGCAACUGAAUGCGUGUUGUGUGUGUGUGUGUGUGUGUGUGUGUGUGUGUGUUUGUGUCUUGGACUGUGAGAGCCUACUGACACAGACACUUCUCACCAAUAUUUUCAUUAAAAGUCAAGUG